AUGGAGGUUGAAUAUCGUACUCGUUUAACAGCUGUUUUAGAUGUGACGCGUUUUCUAUUGAAGCAAGGUUUGCCUUUCCGUGGACAUGAUGAGUCCUUGAGCUCCUUGAACAAGGGUAAUUUCCUUGAGCUACUCGAGUGGUAUAGCCUGCGGAAUGAAAAGGUUUUUAGGGUGGUUAAUCAAAAUGCUCCAGCAAAUAAUCAAAUGACUUCGCCGAAAAUUCAGAAGGAGUUAGCAAAUGCUUGUGCAACAGAGAUUACAUGUACUAUUGUUGAUGAUAUAGGAGAUAAGUAUUUUUCUCUUAUGAUUGAUGAAGCCCGGGAUGUGUCAGUAAAGGAGCAAAUGGGAGUUGUUUUGCGCUAUGUGAGUAAGAAUGGGUAUGUGAUAGAGAGGUUUCUUGCUAUGGUUCAUGUGCCAGAUACAUCAGCUAUUUCACUGAAGAAUGCCAUUGAUUGUUUAUUUGCUAAACAUAGGUUAUCUCUUUCAAGACUGAGGGGACAAGGAUAUGAUGGGGCUUCAAAUAUGCGAGGAGAAUUCAACGGUUUGAAGGCACUUGUCCUAAAAGAAAAUCCAUAUGCAAGGUAUAUCCAUUGUUUUGCUCAUCAGCUCCAAUUAGUGAUUGUUGCUGUUGCUAAAGACAAUCGAAUUGUGAGUGAUUUUUUCCAAUAUGUUACUAUGAUUGUUAAUGCGGCGGGGGCAUCUUGUAAAAGGAAAGACCAACUUCGGCAACAUCACCAUGACAGGUUGGUUGAGCAAUUAGAGAAGGUAGAGAUAGCCCGGUGGCGGAGGACAAAAAUCAAGAAUCCGGUUUAG